UAUGACAAGUUUGAAAUUUUAAAUGUCACAGCAAUUACGCUAAAAAUUAUUUUAACAUUAAAAGUGACAAGUAACAAUUCCAAAAAUGUUAGAAUUAAGCGAAUUCGAUUACGAGACUGUUCUCAAGAGUUAUUCAAUCCAGGAUAUUGCUCUGGAACAGUCGUGCAAACAACGACUGGAAGAUCAAAAAACGUACGAAGAAACUUUGAAAAUUUUUAAAGAAGCAAAAGCAGAGUUUUUAAAAACUGCCGACGAGCAUCAAACAAUUCAUGCAAAUUUUACUGAAAAACUCAAUAUAAAAAAUUCAAUUGACCAAUUACAAGUAGUUCCAAACUGUACAGUUAACUCUAUCCACAACGAAAUAUUGGUCGUGUAUGAAGACAUGGCAAAGGAUUCGGACGAGUUUGUGAAUUUGGUCAAUAAUUACUUGACAAAGUUUCAAAAUUUGGGCAGCGAAUUUGAGGAGUCAGUCAUAUUAGAGAAUAAAACCGAUUGUGUUAAAAAAAUCGAAAUUCUGGAGCACGAAAUUACAGAUCAAAAACUGAAACACGAUGAAAUUAAACAACGACAAGAAGACUUUGAAAAACUUACACUUGUUGAAUAUUCAAAAAAACCAUUCGAGUUUUAUGUGAAUAAUUAUGACACGCUUAAAAUGAAAGCAGAUAUUUUUGAGAAGGAACAGUAUCUAAUACAUCUCAAUAAAAAUAUCAAUUUUUUGGAACAAAGAAACCACGAAUUUAAAGUUCAGUGUGAAGCUUUUUAUUAAUUAGAGAAAUUGUUUGUUGUCUUGAGUACUAAGUUACUAACCUUGAAUUGUUUUAUAUUUAAAUGAGAAUAAAAAAAUGUUUUUGAUUGGUACAUAAAUAAAGGCUUAUCACAUCACAAAAUUAGAAUAUUAUCU